GCCGAGCGGAGCCGCCAGCGGUGCGAGCGGAGCUGGAGCCGGGGCUGCCCGCACCGCGCCGCCCUGCCCUGCCCUGCCCGCCCUUCUCCUCCUCCGUCCCGCCCAAGCCAUGAACUUUGGCCGCGGCCCCUCGGUGGUGUUGAACGUCGGGGGCACCCGGUACUCCUUCUCCCGGGAGGUGCUGAAGGAUUUCCCGCUGCGGCGGGUGAGCCGCUUGCACGGCUGCCUCUCGGAGCAGGACGUGCUGGAGGUGUGCGACGACUACGACCGGGAGCGGAACGAGUACUUCUUCGACCGGCACUCGGAGGCCUUCGGCUUCAUCAUGCUAUACGUGCGGCACGGCCACCUGCGCUUCGUGCCGCACAUGUGCGAGCUCUCCUUCUACAACGAGAUGAUCUACUGGGGUCUGGAGGGCUCCCACCUCGACUACUGCUGCCAGCGCCGCCUCGACGACCGCAUGUCCGAGACGUGCACCUACUACGCAGCGGAGGAGCCGCCGGGGGAGCCGGCCCGCGGCUCCGAGGGCAAGGGCCGGCGGCCGCCGGGGGCUGAGGGCAGGAAGUGGCUGGAAAGGAUGCGGAGGACUUUCGAGGAGCCCACGUCUUCCGUGGCCGCCCAGGUCCUGGCCACCGUCUCCAUCAUCUUCGUCAUCGUGUCCAUGGUGGUGCUGUGCGCCAGCACCCUGCCCGAGUGGCGGGCGCCGGAGAACCGCAGCGUGGAGGAGCAGAGCAGGUACACAGCAGAGUCAGUGAGGGAGCCCUCAGGGAUAAUCGAAGCUAUCUGCAUAGGCUGGUUCACUGCAGAAUGCAUCGUGAGGUUCAUCGUCUCAAAAAACAAGUGUGAGUUUGUCAGAAGACCUCUCAACAUCAUCGAUUUACUGGCGAUUACUCCUUACUACAUCUCUGUCCUAAUGACAGUUUUCACAGGGGAAAACUCGCAGCUCCAGAGGGCUGGAGUCACCUUGAGGGUCUUAAGAAUGAUGAGGAUUUUUUGGGUGAUUAAACUGGCUCGUCAUUUCAUUGGCCUUCAAACGCUUGGUCUGACUCUGAAGCGUUGUUACAGAGAGAUGGUGAUGCUCCUUGUCUUUAUCUGUGUUGCUAUGGCAAUUUUCAGUGCACUCUCCCAGCUUCUUGAAAAUGGGCUGGACUUGGGAACAAAGAAUAAGGAUUAUGCCAGCAUUCCUGCUGCUUGUUGGUGGGUGAUCAUCUCGAUGACCACAGUGGGUUAUGGUGACAUGUGUCCCAUCACUGUCCCAGGAAGGAUUCUUGGAGGAAUUUGUGUGGUCAGUGGCAUCGUGUUGUUAGCCUUGCCGAUCACUUUCAUUUAUCACAGCUUUGUGCAGUGUUACCAUGAGCUCAAGUUCCGAUCUGCUAGGUACAGUAGAAGUCUCUCUGCUGAAUUCUUAAACUGACCAAACUUGCAUUCUGUUGUAGUUACUUGCUAAGCUUUGUCUUAGAGGAGAAUGAUGGAAGGUCCCUUCGCGUGUCCUCCUUGACUGGAUGGUCCGAUGGAACAACAUUCUCGCCAGCCUGGAGGAAACCCGUCACCAUUCAGACAGGAAGGAUGGCCAUCUGCCUUGGGCAUCUUGCAGGGAGAGGGAGUGAUGCUUCAAAUUUGAGAGAACAAAAUUAACACAAGAGGAUUCAGAAGUCCUCAACCAGACCAGCUUGGUCUUCAGUUUGCUUUUCCACUUAAAAGCAGAACAAAAAAAUGGGCUUAACACUAAGCUCUGUCAUUCCCAUAAUUACAUCCAUUCUAAGCAACGUGUAGCAGAAGUUUUUCAAAGAUUUCAAUAUCUAAAUGCUCUGUAGAGGCAUUGAUAACUUCUUGCCUGAAGUAUCUCCACUUUUAACUCAGAUAACCAAACUAGAUACUGAAGGAGAAUCACUGCUACUUUUGAGCUUCAUCACAAGAGUAGAGCUGGUUCUAUAACUCAGGAAAGAUGAAUAAUACAUGACUGUAGGGCAAAAAAUCUUGAGGCCUGAUUCUGAUCUUUGAGGAAGCACACAAAUCUUCUGUAAAACCAGUGAAGUCAGUGGCAUUUGCCUGAAUUUGAUAAUUCAAAGUGCAAGAAGUGCACCUCUGAAUGUUGUAGCAAGGACUUCCUCAGAAUCACAGAAUGGUUUGGGUUGGAAGCGACCUUAAAGAUCAUCUAGUUCCAACCCCACUAGACCAGGUUGCUCAAUUAGCCACAAUUAAUUUCUUCUCUGGAACCAAAUCGUUAGUGGAAGCAAGUGUUGUACUUUACAAAGAUCAGCAUAAAAAAUCAGGCAUUGAUAAAUACAUUUUCUGGUAGCUUAGUGGGGGAGCUAUCCAUAUCUUACAUACAUUCAGUACAGCUCCAUCCAUCUGAAGUCACGUACUCAUAAACAUAGAUUCCCCCCAUUUAAUUAAACAUAUAUAUCAUAGUGAAGGUUCUCUAAGACCAAUUGUAAGAUUCCAUCACUUGCAACAGUCUGGAGAAAGCACUGGUAAAAAAAAGUAGCUGCUCCCUUUUAAAUGAGACUUUUCAUCAUCUUUAAAUUCUGCAAUCCUUACUGAAGGAUACACUUUAAUGGUAGUUUAAAAAUAAAUGUAGAAAGCCCAGAGCAUACCAAAGAAAGUAAAAUAUAGAAGUGUGAGUUGCACUUGGCACAAUGGUAUAUUCUCUAAUGUAACUAGAAAAUGAAUCAAAUUAGGUUCUGAAAUACUGUUCACUACAUUUCUUGUGUAGUACUGACUUAAUAGCAUCAGUCAGUACAAUUCUGAAAGGCUGCUACAUACAAAUGUGCAGGUAGAUACUGUUUUAGUAUUGAUAUUAAGUAUUGACAUUUAGUAUUGACAUUAAGGUACAGCUUUACACAUUUGGGUACCAAAAAACAUCAAAAGGGAGCUUUCUUAUUAACGUAGAAGUUGAGAGUCAUCAGCAUAGUUGAAUUUGGUGUGCUUGCCUGAAAAUACUGCAUUUACUAUUACUGUGCUGUAGAAGCAUCUUUUAUAUACAUAUUUGUCAAAAGCUUUAGAAGCAAAAUGAGUACCACCUAGAAAACACAUCUCUGGAAUUGCUCAUUCAGAGAAAAGUACCACGUUGGUCAAUAGCCAGUACACUGAAGGCUCUACCUUGAGACCUGAAAAAUCCAUUCUCAUUUUAGGUGGUCUUAGUCUUAAGUAGUCUUAAAGAAUGACAUUGCAAACACAAUUUGUCUGAAGACCUGAAAAGAAUUUUAGUAUCCUUCUUACAGACAAGCUUGACUUUUCCUUCAGUAGCAUUUCAAGACUAUAUUAUUGAGUACCAUUACAGCCAUCCCUGGGUUUCUUGUCAUGUUCUGGUGUUCAGGUUAGCUCUGUAGUUCUGUCUCUAUAUUUAUACCUUUUGUAUCAGAAUCAUGUCAUUCAGAAACCGGCUCCAGCGUUCCACAGAGAGGUGAAUAUGAGAUCAGCAAAAAUGUCUUUCUUAGGUGAGAUUCACAGCUGAUGUCAGUUGGGCAAGGUGUGACUUCAGAGACACUGAGAUGUUUUACACCAGUGGAGAUGCUGGCUCUGUAUUCCUGCAUGUGUACUUAUAUAUAUCCUGCAUAUAUUAUAUAUUAUAGUCAGUGGAAAUGCUGGGGUUUUUUUUUUUCUCCUUACAAAAAAUGUCCUCCUUGACAAAAUUGAGAUUUCCGACUUUAAACCGAGCACAGCUGGUGAAGAAAAUGACAUUUUCAUCUUCUAAUGAAAAGUUUGACAGUAUCAAAACAAUUUUCAAGGAGAAAAGUGCUAUUUUUUUUGGAUUUCUGCUCCAAUUUCUCUUUUUCCAUUAAAAAAACCAACCACGUAAGAACUCAGCCCUACAGAUUUUCAUCUGCGGUUUGUAAUGCUUGGGAAAAAUACUGGGUUUCAUAAAACUUACUUUGUCUUUUGUCCAUAUAUUGUAUUUAACCAAACCAGUACUCUUGAGAUACAACCCUCCUCCCACAGAACACCCAAACCAUCGUCAUGAUGACAAUAGUUUGAAAUCCAUACAGAAUGUGAAUAUAAAGUAUGUUGCAGUCUUGAUUUCAAGACAAAAUAAAAUGCAUUUCAGCACUGCCUAUAAAUCUAAUCUUUUGAUGCCUGUACAAAGGAAAAAAUAGAAAUUACUGCACAUAGUAACUUGUGAAUACCAAGUUGCACCAUGAAUCAUUUUGUAUAAGCAAUUAAGGACAGGAUGUUUUCAAAGAUCCAGGCUAUAUGUGGGAUACAAACAAAAUGUCUGAUCCUUUAUGAAGUGUUUUCCAGCUAAAGAAUCCUUUCCUAGGGUAAAAAGAUUAUCUAAUGAAAAUAAUUGCGCAAAGGAAGUGUGUGGACAUUAAGUCUCACUUCUUUAACCGCUUAUGUUCACUUUUUAUAUGGCAAAAUGUGAACAGAGUGACCUAAUGUAUUUUUUAAUUUGAGUUAAAAUAUUUUGCUCUAUAUAAGCCCAUUAAGAAGAGGUACUGGGGUGGGGGUUUUCUUUAUUCAUUUUUUAUUGUUGUAUGGUUAUCAGUGUGUAGAGUUUAGUUUCCUUAGAAACCAAGUUGAAGUAACAUGAUCUCAAUGGUAGCCUUAAACCAGAAUUUCAUAGGCUAAAUCAGGUUCCUGACUUCUAGUAAUAUAUAUCAUCUUAUUUCCAAUGGACCAGUGGUUUUUUAGUGAAACUAAGAAAAAAUGAAUGACAUGUAGUCAAAACUAAGCGUACUUUUAAGCAGAUGAAACUGUUCUAUUAGAACUUGAGCCCGUGUUUUGCGCAGACAUGGGGUGUAACACUCAAUUUCAAAAUACAGCAUUUCAAAGCCACCCAAAGACAAACUGGCUCAUUCGUAAUGAUUGCCAGUUUGAACACUAUACAGUAAAAUACUUCAUGGGCAGUACCUCUUUCGAUAUCUGAAACAUUCAGAGUUGGACCAAAAUAGAUGAAAUACAAAUGUAAUAAAACUGGGGAUACAUGAAGACAGCUUCUGUGAUCCAGCCUUUCUGUUCAUCUAAAACUAAAACAAAUGCCAGUAGGUUUUGAACUGCCAUUGUAUGUUUCGAUGACCACAAAGGUUAAUCAUACAUUAUAUACUAGGUUCAAUCCUUAGGACUGACCUGUUGGGAACUAUAUAUUUGGCUGCAAUCCCUCAAGGUACUGUGUGCCAUUUAAAAGCAUUUGAUCACUAAUGAAAUCACUGGAAUCAAGAAGUUGUCUGGGUGCAUUUUCCUUCUACAGUGCUGCGUGAAGCGGCAUCCCACAGAUCACAAAGAAUGGAAGAAUAUAAUUUCCCCUGAUGUAAGAAUUGGAAACAAUAUUGUCUUGAUGAAUACUCAUCAAAACAAAAAAAAGAUCAAUUUGACUGAUUUUAAACAGUCAAAUUACCAUUUAUCCGCAUGGGGAUCAGAUGUGAUAUUUAUUCUUACUGUACAAUGGCCUACCCUGUUGUAUAUAGCAGCAAGCUUGAUGAAGAUAAAAACCCUGUUAAUGUAAAAUUCAUAUAUUGCUACCCAUGUUUUUAAAGGAAAAGGGACCAGCUUUUCAUAUCCUGUAUGCAAUUUGUCCCCAUAAAGGAAUCGGUCUUUAGCUUUCGUAGCAUUCAACCCUCAUGUUUUCAAAAUAAACCUGAAGUCCUUAUGGGUCCAAAGCACUUGCCUCUUCCCCUCCGGGUAACAACUACAAAAAUCUUCCCAGCUCUGAACGUCUGCCAGAAGCGGUCAUAUGCACAGACCAGGCAGCUAAAUUCAGCAGCCAAACCAGGCAGUUUCCUGGGAACCUGUACAACAAACACGGUCUGCUGUGAUCUGAAUUUUCUCCCACCUAAGAGCUUCAGGGUAAAACUACUGAUUAAAGUUUGAUCAUUUGAAGCACCUUGAACAUUUUAGAAUUAGCCUUUCAAAUGAGCUGCUAAGGAAGGAGAUGUUUGCCAGAGAAUGAACGAAGCCGUGCAUAGCAAACAGGAUUAUAUCACCUUAUACCAAAAAAAAUCAUUCUGACUCUAAAAAAAAGGAAAUGGACUCUCAUUUUCUUGUAUUUUUUGGAAAAGCAAACAUAGGUCAGGAUACGUGAUGCUAGUUAAACUUGCUGUGUAAAACAGAUCCCCAUUUAAAAUAAGUAGGCUUAGUGAGAAAGGUCUUCCAGCUUUGCUAAGGUCCAACAGUUUACACUCGCUGAAGAGCUGCCCCAGCCCAUAUGGAAGAAACAACCAAAUGCUGGUGUAUGGUCAAAAACUAUUA